UUUUUUAAUUUGAUUCUUGUCGUUGAUGAUUUCUUUUUACAAUUUUGUUUGUUCUAGGGAUAUAUAAAAAAAGUUUUGCUGACUGUAACGGCAAAAAGGGAGAAGGCAUUUUUUGUGCCACCAUUGAAGUUGGGAUUUUUGCUUUUCCUUCUGAACUUUUUGUUCAAAGAAGGGAAGAAGAUGAAGUCUCUCAAAGAAAAGUUGGGUCAAAGUAUGUACAAGUUUAAAAGGCAGGGGUAUAGAGAGGAAAAAAUAAUAAUAAAAAAGCGUUUUCCUAGCAGACAAAUUUGAAAAAGUUUCUUUCUUUCUUUCUUGGGUGAGGUAUUAUAAAACAAGAAACAAAGAAUUAUGGAGCAACAAGAUGAAGGAAAUAACAGUAAUGGAAAUAAUGGAGGGAUGUUUGUCAAGGUAAUGACAGAUGAACAAAUGGAAGUCUUGAGGAAACAAAUUGCUAUUUAUGCUACCAUUUGUGAACAACUUGUUGAUUUACAUAAAUCGUUUACUUCUCAUAAUGAUCUUGCUGGAGUUAGACUUGGGAACUUAUACAUUGACCCGUUGGUCACAUCUGGUGGACAUAAGUUUUCUGGCCGACAACGAUGGACCCCGACACCAGUUCAGCUUCAGAUUCUUGAGCGGCUUUUUGAGCAGGGAAAUGGGACCCCAAGCAAACAGAAAAUAAAAGAAAUCACAUCGGAAUUAUUACAGCAUGGUCAGAUUUCUGAAACAAAUGUUUAUAACUGGUUCCAAAAUAGGCGGGCUCGAUCAAAGAGGAAGCAACAAGUAUCUGCACCUAAUAAUGGUGAAUCUGAAGUGGAAACAGAAGUUGAGUCACCCAAACCGCAGCAGAAUUCAGCAUCAACAGCUGAUGAUAAUACGUGUUUCCAGAAUACAAAUGUAAGCUCUGGUAUAAAUUCUGUGGAUCAACGAGCCAAGAAAGUGGAGCCCGUUUUUCCUUCUGAUGCCAGUUCAAAGCCUUCUGGCAAUGUCGGCCAGAUGUCAUAUUAUGGAAGUAUGUUAGCUAAUCCAAAUGGUGCAUCCAUUAAUGCAGGAAUGGACCGUAUAAUUGGAAAGAUGGAAGUUCCAGGGAGUUACCAGCCAUAUAUGCAGGAUGACGAGUACAACAUGACAGGCUGAGCGUUAAAUGAUGAACAAGAAGUGAUUUAAGUCUAGUCAUAGAUUUCGUAUUGAUUCUACUUCGUUAACAACUUAUGUACAGAUAUGCUAAAAUUGCUGAUUUUCCAAGUCGAUCAUGGAGCGUUAUUAAACUAUUUAUUGUUCUUGGCUUGUGUUUUGUGGAUAA